AUGGCAUACAAAGUGCGAUACAUGUGGCAUCCGACGCACCUAGUUUCCGAUCUUGAAGCAUGCUCCAAAUUCUUCCGAGAAGUCUUCAACGUGACGAGCGUGCCAGUGGAGGCCAACCUCCCGCCUCGCGAGGAGUGUCCAACAUACCCGCGCGACUAUUCGAUCCUGACCAUGAUCCGCGAGGUCAUGUUCGACUGCAUCGACCCUCUCAAGUACGUAGUGGAAGGACGGCAGACAUUUGAAUCCGUGGACGCGCCGGGCCACGGCCACCUAUCCGGCUUCGGGCUGGCAGUCGACGGCGCCGACGAGCUGUACAAGGCGUGCGUGGCCAACGGGAUCCGCAGCACCGACCAGGCGAACCGGCUGGGGAGUCCCAACCGGCCGCCUGUGACGGGGUUCAAGCCCGCCACGCUGUUCUUCACCCUGCCCGAGACCACGGGGCUGCGGUACCAGAUCUAUGCGCGAGCCGCGACCGGCCCUCCUCACCCGCGCGUCGAUCCGGAAUGGACGCUGCCGCCCGUGUCGGCGGACGACCCGCUCUCGCUGGAGUUCUGCUCGCAUCACACCAUCCUCUCGUCGAACCCGGCCAAGGCGCUUAAUUUCCUCGUCGGGAUCCUGCACGGCCGCGUCAUCCACCAGGGGUGCAAUGAGCUUCUCGAGACGGAUAGCACUUAUAUCGCCCUUGGCGACGGCGUCUACGAGGUCGCCGUGCCGACGAGGGCGGGCUCGUUCGCCGCCAGGGAUUUGAGGUUCAAUGCCCCCUUCGCCUUCGACACCUACCAUGCUCUCACGUGGAAAGUCGCCGACCUGUCAAAGGUCCGUCGCCACCUCGAGGCCAAGAACAUUCCGUUGUUGAUGCAGGACGAACAUACCCUCGUCACGGAUCCAAAGCAUACUAUUGGAGUGCCGUGGGGGUUCACGGACAGAAAGGUCCCCGGCGACCUGAGACUGUCGCCUUGA